AUGGCUGACGUAUAUCGUCCAUAUCAACGUGAGAGAUCCCGUUCCCCCCGUCGUCGUUCUUCUCGCAGUCCCCGACGUAGCCGUCGCUCGUACUCGCCUCGGAGUCGCUCUCGCAGCCGUGACGAUUAUCGCCGUGAUCGCCGUUCACGGUCUCCCUUGAGUGCUUCUGGAGCUGCAGGACCGUCGGGAUCUCCUUACGGUGGACGCAGUGGUUACGCCCCGGGUCGUUUCGAGGAUCGUACCGUCGCCAAAGAAAAUAUGAUGCAGUCCGUCCGUGAUUCGUCUCAGCAGGACCGUCGGGUCUAUGUGGGCAAUCUGUCCUACGAUGUCAAGUGGCAUCACCUCAAAGAUUUUAUGCGACAGGCUGGAGAGGUUCUCUUUGCCGAUGUCUUACUACUUCCGAAUGGAAUGUCGAAGGGAUGCGGGAUUGUGGAAUACGCAACGAGGGAGCAAGCACAAAAUGCUGUCAACACGCUCAGCAACCAAAACCUGAUGGGUCGUCUCGUCUACGUUCGCGAAGAUCGUGAGGCCGAGCCUCGUUUCAUCGGUGGCCCUCCCCGCGGCGAUUUCGGAGGCCGCGGCGGCUUCGGUGGUGGAUUUGGGGGUCCCGGUGGUCCCCCUGGCGGCGGUGGUGGUGGUGGUGGUGGCGGCAGCGGCCGCCAGCUCUAUGUGUCGAACCUUCCUUUCAAUGUGGGAUGGCAAGACUUGAAGGAUCUGUUCCGCCAAGCUGCUCAGCAGGGUGCUGUUAUCCGUGCCGACGUGCACACCGAUCCCACUGGUCGUCCCAAGGGAUCCGGUAUCGUUGCCUUUGAGUCUCCCGAUGAUGCGCGCAACGCCAUUGCCCAGUUCAACGGAUACGAGUGGCAGGGCCGUCCCCUCGAGGUGCGCGAGGACCGAUUCGCCGGUGGUGGUCCUGGCUUCGGCGGCCGCGGUGGCUACGGCGGUGGCUUUGGCGGUCGUGGAGGUGGUUUCGGCGGCCGUGGAGGCUUCGCUGGUCGUGGAGGCUUCGGCGGUGGAUUCCGUGGUGGCUACGGCGGUCCCCCUGCCUUUGGCGGUGGUGGCUUCGAUGCCGGUGGUCCUCCUCCUCCUCCCGCUGCUGUUGCUUCGGUUCCUCCGAACCCCUUCACCGACUUUGCUACCUCCGGCGGCGACAAGAGCGCCGUUAUCUACGUGCGCAACCUGCCUUGGUCCACCUGCAAUGAGGACCUGAUCGACCUGUUCUCAACUAUCGGCAAGGUCGAAAGAGCCGAGAUCCAGUACGAACCUAACGGCCGCUCGCGCGGUACUGGUGUCGUCGAAUUCGAUACUCCGGACACUGCAGAGACUGCAAUUGCCAAGUUCACCGGCUACCAGUACGGAGGUCGCCCUCUGGGCAUCACCUUUGUCAAAUACCUGAACGCAGGCCCGGGACCUGAGGACAUGGCCAUGAUGGAAGAUGCGGAGCCAACCGGUCUCACGCAGGACCAGAUCAUGUAG